AUGACAAUUCAACAACAAAUAGGUCUUAUGAGGACAAUCCGUUUCAUUGUUUUUGUUAUUCUGCUAUGUGCUUCAACAUCAAUAAGCUCAGAGGAGAGGAAAAUCACAGCGGAAGUGUUUCUCAGUCAACUUGUUGAUCCAGCAACUGGAAAGAUUGAUGGGGACAUGGCACAGCUGUUAUGGAUAAGUUGCCAGGUGGAUUUGGUCCAUUUGACGGAAGCUAUUGAACAUCUUCACUUAUGGUUAGAAGAGGAAACAUCUGGUGGCACAGAUGAAAUUAGUUCAAAAAGACAGUCAUCAGGAAAAGAAAGAUUUCAGAAGCUUAUUAGUGUCCUGCAUCCUGAGGUGAAACAAACUCUUUCAGAUUGUUUAAGGCAUGGUCUCCUAUCCCGUGUCUCUGGAGAAGAGGGUGCCUCUAAGAUAUGGUAUACCAAGUAUAUUGAGUCCCUAUUUCCCAGGCCUUAUGUUCCAAGAAGGAAUUUGGGCAGUGAAUUGCGUCGGAGCUCUGCUGAGGUACCUUCUCCAGCCCCUGCAGCAGGAUCUCCUCAACUCAGUCCAGUACCAUCCGCUGCUCCAACACCUUCCACUUCUCAAACUCCUAGGUCUAGGCGCCCUGCUGCAUCAUUUUUUCCUUCCAAUUCCAAAAAUUCGACUGUGCAAGCUUCAGAGCCAGAUGCCGGUUUAAAUGUACAGGAAGUUAAAGGACAAGAUGAUCGUAAAAAAGUUGUCAUUGCUGUUGUUGUUACUGCAUCAGUGACUCUUGUUGUUGCAGCAGUGCUCUUUUUAUGCUGUACUAAAAUCUGUAGGACUGGGAAAAAAGAUGGACAAAAUGAUGAGAGGCCCCUCCUUAGCCUGAGUUUAACUGAUUCUAGUGGUUCUUCGUACAAGUCUCACGUUUUGGGAAAUUCAAUGAAAGAAGAGAAGCUUGACCAUCAAUCGUUGGAAUUAGGAUCCACUGGAGGUGCUUCCAAAUUUGAUACAUCCAGCAACAUCAAUGGACUGGUACCACCUCCUCCUGGAAGGCCUCCUACUGGACUGCCUACUCUAAAGCCCCCUCCUGGCAGAGCAAAUCCUCUCCCUCCUGAACCACCUUCUUCUUUUAAGCCUCCUCCCAGCAGGAAUGGUCCUCCUCCUCCUCCGCCUCCUGUGCCACCUCCCACUUUGAAACCAUUGGGCAGUGCAGGCCCUCCCCCACCACCUCCAGCACCUCCUGGCCCUCCCCCACCACCUCCAGCACCUCCUGGUCCUCCCCCCCCACCCCCUCCAAAGAUUGGUGUUCCUCCUCCUCGGCCACCUCAAUCGAUGCCUAUUGGUUCAAAGGUAGCUCGACCUCCACCUCUUGCACCAAAACGUCCAUCAAAUGCUGCUUCUGGUGAGGUAGGUGGAUCUGAUGCUGAAGGUGAUGCUACUAAAACCAAGCUGAAGCCAUUUUUUUGGGAUAAGGUUCUAGCAAACCCUGAUCAUUCAAUGGUUUGGCAUCAGAUUAAAUCAGGAUCUUUCCAGUUCGAUGAAAAUAUGAUUGAAACUCUGUUUGGGUAUAACGCUGCUGAGAAAAACAAAAAUGAACGCAAGAAAGAAUCUACAUUCCAAGAUCCUUCGCCCCAUUUCAUUCAAAUUAUUAAUCCCAAAAAGGCACAAAAUCUAUCAAUUCUUUUGCGGGCACUGAAUGUCACCGUAGAAGAAGUCUGUGAUGCAAUUCGUGAAGGAAAUGAACUUCCCUCAGAAUUCCUACAAACUUUGCUGAAGAUGGCACCAACACAAGAAGAAGAACUAAAGCUUAGACUGUUCAAUGGUCAACUUUCUCAACUUGGGCCUGCUGAGCGGUUCCUAAAAGCCUUGAUUGAGAUUCCAUUUGCUUUUAAGCGAUUGGAAGCAUUACUUUUUAUGUGCACUCUUCAGGAGGAGGUCACCACCCUUAAGGAGUCCUUCGCAACCUUAGAGGUUGCUUGUAAGGAACUAAGAAGCAGCCGGCUUUUCCUCAAGCUUUUAGAAGCUGUUCUUAAAACUGGCAAUCGCAUGAAUGAUGGAACAUUUCGUGGUGGUGCACAAGCAUUCAAACUUGACACGCUCUUGAAAUUAUCUGAUGUAAAAGGAAUAGAUGGCAAGACAACCCUUUUGCACUUUGUUGUUCAGGAAAUAAUCCGCUCUGAGGGUGUCAGAGCUGCUCGUGCAGCAAAAGAGAGCAGGAGUUUCUCUAGCAUCAAAUCAGAUGAUCUCCUUGAGGAAACUUCCCAGGAAACCGAAGAGCACUUUCGCAGUCUUGGUCUUCAGAAAGUUUCAGGUUUAAGCAAUGAACUUGAGAAUGUCAAAAAAGCGUCCGUUUUGGAUGCUGAAAACUUAACAGGAACUGUUACUAAACUUGGUCAUGCACUCGUAAAAACCAGAGACUUCCUGAACUCAGACAUGAAAAAUUCAGGGGAAGAUAGUGAGUUCCAUGAAACACUGAAGAGUUUUGUGCAGAAUGCUGAGGUUGAUAUCACAGGUCUCCUCGAGGAAGAAAAGAGAAUCAUGGCUCUGGUGAAGAGCACUGGUGACUACUUCCAUGGGAAAGCAGGGAAGGAUGAGGGUUUAAGAUUGUUUGUUAUUGUUCGGGAUUUUUUACUAAUCAUAGAUAAGGCAUGCAGAGAGGUAAGAUUGGCACCGAAAAAGUCAACAAAUGUUCAAAAAAAGGAAGCACCUUACUCUGAUCCCCGUCAGCCUCCUACAACACCAUCUGCCUCCAAUCUUCGCCAGCCUCCUUCUCCUGAUCUCCAUAAGCGGCUUUUCCCGGCAAUCCAAGAUCGACGAAUGGAUAAUUCUAGCUCAGAUGAUGAAAGUUAA